AUGUCUCACCACAACAACGACAGCCAAGUGACCUUCGUCAACAAGGACGCAAAUCAAGAGCCACCCAGCCAAUCGAAGGCGCCGAAGAAGAAGUCGCUAUACCAGCGCUUGACCGGCUCCCGGUCCGGCGAGAUCUCGGAGGAGGAUAUGCUGAAGUACACGGGGAAGAGCAAGGAGGAGUUGAAGGAGUGGGCCAAGGAUCGGCCUGAUGUUGGAAAGAACCAGGAGGCGGGGAGGGUGGACCAGCAGAAUGACGACAAGCUUCCGUUUAUGUAA